AUGCGCGGGGCCUUCCCAGGGCUCUGCUUGGUGCUGCUGGCGGCGGAGCGCGGAGAGCGGCUCUGUGCCUUCAUCCACUACCUUGUUCACAGGCAGCUGGGCUGGUUCGGUCUGACGGUCACCUGCAUGGUGCCCAGCUACACGGCUCAGCUCCUCAGCAUCCUCUGGUUCAGGGCUGACAGCCACCCACCCAGCUGCUCCCUCCUGGUGUUCCAUCUUCUGCAGCUGGGCCUCUGGAAGCGGUACUGGGAUGUUCUGUGGAUGGUGGCAAAGACAGGCAGCAGUGCUGGUGCUGCGGAUGUGCUGACUCAGCACCGGGACGUGUGUGUGCUGCAGCUCCUGGAAGCCCUGCUGCAGACCUUGCCUCACCUCCUGCUGCGGGCAUAUGCUGUGGCAGUCGACCCAGCGGACUUCAUCCUUGGUGUCAGUGCAGGGCUCUCCCUGCUCUCUCUCACCUGGCCUUUGGUCCCCUACAGCAUCACCUGCCUGCUCAAACCCGGUCACCUCUGCCUGCCAGCCGCAGCCAUCCUCUGCCUGCUGCUCUGGAGAACGGGGAUGCUGGGGACCAGGAUCCUGGCCUUGGUGCUCUUUGCCAGGCUCUAUUCCUUUUGGGUUUUUGCUGUGGCUGGUGUCCACUGGUUGCUCGUGUCCUUCUGGCUGGUGGCCCAGCAGACAGACAUCGUGGCCCAGCCCUACCACUGGAGGCUGUGCAAUUGCCUGGUGGGAGCCGUGUACAUCUUCUGCUACACUGAUGUCUGGCCUGGCCCCUCCAAGCACAGGAUGUCUGUGUUUUAUGCAAUAAUGCUGAUGGAAAACACCCUUCUGCUGCUGCUGGUCACUCAGUUCCUGCAGGCAGAUCUGAGGAACAGCCUGUGUGUAACUGGAACCGUCAUAUCAUGGUCUGUAAUAGGUGCCGCAGCCCUGGUGGUGUAUUACAGCCUGCUCCAUCCCAGAUCCACAGAGAUCUGCCAGGGCUUCCUGGGGAUAACCUGCAGCACUGCAGCUGCCGGUGAUGAGGAGGUUGCUGGAGACAGCUCCCAGGAUGGGCAGAGCUUGGGAAUUUCUGGAGAUGGAAAGUCCCUGGGAGGGACAGGGACCAGGGCAGAUCCCAAAGAUGGGAAUGGCUCAAUGCUCCUGCAAGUCAAGAGGUGUUUGGAGGGCAGCUGGACAAAACAUCGCCACUGGCUGCUGGUAAAGCUGGUCUUGAAGACAGGAGAUACAUCCACGAUCAAUACAGCUUUUGGAGAUGGUGGCAUGGGAGAGGUUUAUCCUGGCACAUGGAUGAUGGGGAAACACAACAGUGUCGAGCCUGAAGAAAACCUUUCCUUCCCCACAAGGGAAAUCAGUCCUGGGGGUGUUGAAUGUGGUCUGAGGGAUGGGAAAUCACAGGCAGUGGGGAAUGGAAAUGGCAGCAAACCCAGCACCAGCACUGCAAGAGCAGCACAGGAGGAUGGAGCAGGUCUGGGUUUUCCUCCAGCCAUAUCUUUUCCCAGCAGCUUCUUCCUGAAUCUGGCCAAGGACUCUCCUGUGUAUUACAGUGCAAGUACAGGAGGCAUCACCUCACUCAGAGAGGGGACAGUCCCAGCUGCAAGCAUGGCCCUGCUGCAAAGGGCCAACAAAGCCCAGCCUCCUCCAGGCUUCCUGGGAGAAGGAGGACAUAGAGAGGAUAUACCCCUUGAGAUGGUGACCAUCAGCCUAAUCCUGGGUACUUGUGCCCACAAGCAUCUGCAGCACAGCUCUUCCCUCAGCAACACAGGUGGCUGAGGGGUGGUGAGUCACCCUAAAGAGGGCUUGGAGCCUGUGGGGCUGGGGUGUGCCCUCGUGGAGCAUCGUUGCCUUUGGGACACCCAUUAUGGCACACAGAGGACUGUAAGGAGCAAGAUGAGGCCACCGUGCUUCACCUCCACCCCCAAGGAUGACCCUGGAUGCCCACAGUGAGAGAUGGGGGAGAUGGGAGAGGGGAUGAACUGGCCUGGGUUGCUGGAGUGAUCCUGUGAAGCCCUGCAUUGUCACCCUGGGUCAGAAUGGGGGUGACUGCCUCUGUGAUGGAUGCAGCAGGAGGCUGUGGGGUGUUAAUGCUGGCCAUGAAGACUGUCCCCAUGGUGCUCCUGGUGCUGCUGGGCAGAUAGAGUGCUCCAUCACUAGGACACCACCUUCCCUCCUGGUGCAUCUUCUACUUGCAGUUUUGGAGGUCCAAAGGUCUUGAAAAGCCUUGAAAGUCCAGGUUUAGGUAUUUAUUAAACUUAUUUAUGUCCAGCCCUGCUAGGCAGCUGGAGCAUGCUGCCUUUGGUAUAUCUGUGACAGUGCCUUGAAGCAUGUCCUUCAACAAGUGCCUGUUCAAGCUGCUGGCCUGUCCCAGUGUGGAGAUCUGCUUGCUGCCUCCAGAGCCUUCAAUGCUGGCCCAAAGAGGAGUCUUCUCAGGACAAAUAAGUGUCUAAAGCAGAAAAAUUAUCACUUUUACUCUCCGAUUCCCUUCCUUAGGGGCAGAAUAAGCCCUAAAGUAAGGCUCAGCAGUGUUUGAUUUAAUUUUCCCCCAUCAUGUUCACCUUGUGAGCUUUACCAACUCUAUUUGCUGGAGCCAAAUAAGAUGGCAGACCCUCUUCAUGCUACAGACCACAGCCUCGGGAUGCUGAACUGUAGACAAAAGCCGUGUCCUGCUUUGCUCUCCCACCACCAACCUGCUUCCUCAAGUGGCCUUGAUCUGCAGCUUCUUCCUUGCUACAGAUAAUCCAGUUUUGUCUGGAUGCUCCCUCCUAACUUUAGCCUCAAGCCAAAUCUCAAAACACAUCUGCAUGCUCCUGCUACUGUAAAAUCCCCAUUGCAGGCAGGGUUUAUUUAUAUCAGGAACCAAAGUCUGAUAUAUUUCUUAUUUAUAUCAGGAACUAAAGACCUCAGCUGGGGUCUCAGAAAUGGCUCAUGCUUCCAGCUGGGCUGGCUGGACAAGGGCUCAUGCCCAGGGCAUGACUUGACGUGUUGUAUAGGUCUGGUCAGCUGCUUCACCACCAAGUUCAUGUGUACACAUCUGGCUGUGUCUUCCAGCUGUUGUCCUGCUAUGGGCAGGACACUGGUGGUGCCCCAGGGCAGAAGAGGCAACAGGAAGGACAGGCAUGCAAGGAAUUAUUAAAAUGAACUCCCAUGUAGCAUUUGCUGCUCCGGAUUGACCCAGCCAGAUGUGUCUUCAAGCUCAUCUGGGCACUUGCAAACCGGUUGGUGCCAGUUUCAGAGUGAAGCUGCUUUCCAACAUGAUAAAAGCUCUAUGUCUUUGUCUGGACCCCAGCACUGCCAUGCUGUGGCUGUGCUCUGCUGGUCCAGAGUCCUCCUCACUAUGCACAUCACACACAAGGCAGCAGAGCUGCAUUAUGGAGAUUCUUAUCUA